AUGCGCGCUCCACUGCUGCUGCUGCUGCUGGCCGCCUGCGCGCCGCCGCCCUGCGCCGCGGCCGCCCCGACGCCGCCGGGCUGGGAGCCGUCGGCAGACGCGCCCUGGUGCCCCUACAAGGUGCUGCCCGAGGGCCCCGAGGCGGGCGGCGGGCGCCUGUGCUUCCGCAGCCCGGCGCGCGGCUUCCGCUGCCAGGCGCCCGCCUGCGCGGCGCACGCCUCGGCCGGCCGCUCGCUGCGCGCCAGCGUCCUGCGCAACCGCAGCGUGCUACUGCAGUGGCGCCUGGCGCCGGCCGAGGCGCGCCGCGUGCGCGCCUUCGCGCUCAACUGCUCGUGGCGCGGCGCCUACACGCGCUUCCCGUGCGAGCGCGUGCUGCUCGGCGCCUCCUGCCGCGACUACCUGCUGCCCGACGUGCACGACGGCGUGCGCUACCGCCUGUGCUUGCAGUCGCUGCCGCUGCGCGCCGAGCCCGCCGUCGCCUCGGAGCCCGCCGUCGUCCCGGAGCCUGCCGCGUCCGCCGAGUGCGUGGAGUUCGCCGCCGAGCCGGCCGGCAUGCGGGAGAUCGUUGUGGCCAUGACGGCGGUGGGCGGCUCCAUCUGCGUCAUGCUUGUGGUUAUCUGCCUACUCGUGGCCUACAUCACGGAGAACCUCAUGCACCCGGCCUUCGGGCGCCCGGGCCUGCGCCGGCAGCCCUGAAGUGCGAGGCGCCCGCCAGACCGGGCUCUGCCUGCCCGACUAGGGUGCGGGAGGCCCCAGGCCCUUGGCCCGCUCUCCCCUCCCCGCUCUCGCUCCAUCCUGAGGAUCUCCACGCAGGGCCUGCUGGAGAUAGAUGGGGCACCGGCCGGCCCUUCCCAGAGCCUUGGAAUCACCGCACGACCUUUCCAGCUGAGCAGCCGCCUCCCAAACUCCAGCUCGGGACUGGCCCUUGGGCCUGAGCGGAGAUGCCAGCCGCGUGCAGGGCUCUCCCGGCUCUCCAGAGCCCUUGGGGGGAACCGUCAGAGCACAGAGACCCUCUUCGCAAGAGCCACUGGCACCCCCGGGCCGUCACCCUGCGCCUCCAGCCUGUGACGAGUUGGAAAAAACCAGGCUGUCGUUAUGGCUUGGUCACUGUGUGCUUUUCCGACUCAAGGGGGCCACUUGGAACCUGUCCUCUCCCCGCCCCACCCCAAUGGGCUUAGGUAGUUCGUGCCUUAGUAUCUCGGGCCCACUGCGGGAGCCAGCCACCCUUCCAGUGCUGUCCAAGAGGGUCUGUGGCCCCGAUGCUGGCAGCUUGUGCGUGCUUCUGGCCAGAGCCCCCUGGGGACCCUCCCUUCAAGCUUUGCAGGAGCAUCCAGUUUGGGUAAGAAGCGUCCUGCGGUGUUUCCCUGUGUGGACAUUUGACAAGUUGGGAGCCGUGACUUAGCUCGGCAGGCGACCCGGCGUCCAGCUGUUGUUUCCGGGGGUGAGUGUCCCCUGACCUCGGGGGGAGCUGGCAGUUCACCAGGGCUGGGCUCCCUCCCCUUCCUUUUGUGUGUCUGGUGAGGACUUUCCAUGGGGACUGGGGGUCUGAAAGAGCAAUGCCGUAUGCAGAGGGUGAAGGUUAGAUGCCAACUUGCCCAGCUGGACCUUCCACUGUGAUCUGGACCCCAAGCCUCAACCACGGCAUGACGGACAGCACCACGCCACCCCAUCCCCGAGCCAGUGGCCAGCUGCCCCGGAUCUGGCUGGGUGCUGCCCCCUGCCCUCCUACCCGCUCGCCGUGGACUGAAGGCUGGCCUUGCCCCUCUCCGGGCAGACCUGAGCACCUUGGCCGAGGUUCCCUCCUGUGCCAGCCCCCUGACGAUGCUGGGCGCUGGGAGGGGCGAAGCAUGGCUCGCCCGGCUCUGCGUGAGCCCCCGACUGUGGCUGUCCUGGACCCGACACAUCUGGAGUCACUGUGGCGAACUCCCCCUCCCCCAGCAGCCACCAGCGACCCUCACACCAGCAGCCUGGCUGGUGCCCCUGCAGCGCCCACUCCCUACCUCUCUGUCUUUGCUCUGCCCGCCCCUGGCGUGGCACUGGUGAGGCGUGAGCCUGGCGCCAGUGUCUAAAUGUCCAUCAUUCUUA